CACAUAUUUUGGUGAUGGGAUUCAACAGGACAUAAUUUUUCCAUUAGAUUAUUAUAUUUCUAAGUUACGUGGACAGCUAAAAGGACUAAAACAAGUUUUAAUAGAAAGGGGAUUGUGGCCAAACGAAGGGUUAAAAUUAGAAGAAGCACGAAAA